AUGGACAUGGCAAAUAACGUCCCCGGGUCCAUGGUUGCAUCAAUUUCUUCGUCCGGCUCCGUCCAGCGCACUUCAAAACCAAAAGUUUGUAGGGGUUGUAACAAAAAUGCCGCUCUUUGGCAAGUAAAAUCUGAAGCUUCAAUUAACAAAGGCAAAUGGUUUUGGAAAUGCCCCGUUAAAAAUUUCGAUUAUCAGUGUCGCUUCUUUCAUUGGGCAAGCGAUAGUGAAGUAGCUGACUACUUUAGGUCCCUAGAAAAUGAAUUUGAAUCUGAGGAUAUAAAGUUUCAACAAACGAGCAAUGAGAAUGAGAUAAAUGAUAAUGAUGUUCAAAUUAUUACGGCUUCAGCUUAUGAUUCGAACUUGUCCACAUCACGUUCAAAGAAGCAUCUUCGAGCUAAUAAUAACGAAAGUAAUGUUAAUCAAAUCUCUCAUGAUAUUACACAACAGAAUGAAUAUUCCACCAAAAUUCAACAACAAAACGAUGAAAUUAUUUUAACUGAUAAUGAUGUAGACUCUACAUGGAUUGAAUCUGUAGAAGCGGAAUUGCGUGAAGAGCAUACUGCUAAAAAGCCUAGAGUUUCGACAGUGGAAAAUAACGAUUUUAAUAAUAAUGUCGCGGAAGAUAAUAACAUCUCACGAGUAGAAACUCCACAAGUAGAAACUCCAGAAACUAUAACGGCUGAAGAUAAUGUCGAAGAAGAAGUUGUUACUUCUAAUGAAAUUAAUGUGAGUGCAUUACAAUCCUUACCAACUGCGUAUUUAAAUUGGGAAAAUGUUCCUCGAUUUAGUAGUUCACAACUUGUGGACAUAUUUCAGAGUCACGUUUUGGCUCGAGACCAAGUUAUCUCCGAAUUAAAAAAUAGCGUGGAUUUCAUUACAAAACAGCGUGACCAAGCGCUUAAAGAUCUGGAUGAAGCUCGAAAGCAAGUCUCGAUAGUACGAAGAGAAAUGAAACGUAUGCGCCAUGUAAUUGACGUAUCGCGAGCUGAAAAUGGCCUUUUGCGCGCAGAAAAAAAUUUAUUGAACCAUGAUAUUAAUACUUUGAAACAAAAAAGGAAAGUUUGA